ACCGAGGGCUACCCGGGAAAAGCACAAAUGCAACUCUGUUUUUAAUCGUUUUCAGAAAGUAGCUAAUCGCUAUUUAAAUGUGUGCAGAGAAGGGUUUGCUAAACUCUUUCUUUUUCUUUCCUUUCUUUUUUUCAGAGAAAGUGUUUCCAAGUUAUAAAAUAUACAGUCCAAGUCUGAAGUACUUCUGCAGCCUAUUGUUUCAGACAACAGAUAUAAGUUGCGAUGGAAGAGGAACGUCGGAUUUGGUGUCUGUCCCCCAUUUCCAAUUAUAGAUGGAUCAUUACAGACAGAGAAGUACUGAGAAUCCAGACAUCUGCUCUUCACAUGAAUGCACUCACCUCCUAGAGAACAGCCUGCCAUCAUGCUCUGGAAACUGGUUGAAAAUGUCAAGUAUGAAGAUAUCUAUGAGAUGUUAGUCCACACCUAUUCCGCCAUGGACCGGCAUGAUGGAGUGCCCAGCCACAGUUCCAGGCUGUCCCAGCUGGGAUCCGUCUCGCAGGGACCCUACUCCAGCGCUCCUCCGCUCUCUCACACCCCAUCCUCGGAUUUCCAGCCGCCUUAUUUCCCACCCCCCUACCAGCCUCUUCCUUACCACCAAAGCCAGGACCCUUACUCCCAUGUCAAUGACCCCUACUCCCUAAACCCCUUGCAUCAACCCCAGCAGCACCCCUGGGGACAGAGGCAGAGGCAAGAGGUGGGAUCAGAAACGGGGUCACUGCUGCCACAGCCUCGGGCCGCCCUGCCCCAGCUCUCGGGACUGGACCCCAGGCGGGACUACCACUCUGUAAGGAGGCCAGACGUCCUCCUGCACUCAGCUCACCAUGGCCUUGACUCCGGCAUGGGGGACAGCCUUUCUCUGCAUGGCAUCGGACACCCAGGGAUGGAGGAGGUCCAGUCAGUUGAAGAUGCCAAUAACAGCGGUAUGAACUUAUUGGACCAGUCUGUCAUUAAAAAAGUUCCGGUUCCUCCAAAAUCUGUUACUUCUUUGAUGAUGAAUAAAGAUGGCUUCCUGGGUGGAAUUUCAGUCAAUACCGGAGAGGUGUUUUGCUCUGUACCUGGCCGCUUGUCUUUGCUUAGUUCAACUUCAAAGUAUAAAGUAACUGUGGGAGAAGUUCAGAGACGCCUUUCUCCUCCAGAGUGUCUGAAUGCAUCCCUCCUAGGAGGAGUACUUAGAAGAGCCAAAUCGAAAAACGGGGGGAGAUCUUUGCGAGAAAGGCUAGAAAAAAUCGGUUUGAAUUUACCAGCCGGCAGGCGUAAGGCCGCAAAUGUCACUUUACUCACCUCCCUGGUGGAAGGUGAGGCCGUUCAUUUAGCUCGGGAUUUUGGGUACAUCUGCGAAACGGAGUUCCCAGCCAAAGCUGUUUCUGAGUACCUGAACAGACAGCACACGGACCCCAGCGACCUCCACUCCAGGAAAAACAUGCUGCUUGCUACAAAGCAACUUUGUAAAGAAUUUACAGAUCUCUUGGCCCAGGACAGGACACCCAUUGGAAACAGCCGGCCCACCCCUAUUUUGGAACCGGGCAUUCAGAGCUGCUUGACUCACUUCAGCCUCAUCACUCACGGCUUUGGGGCCCCCGCUAUCUGCGCUGCCCUCACGGCCCUUCAAAACUACCUGACUGAAGCUCUCAAAGGCAUGGACAAGAUGUUCUUGAACAACAACACUGCUAACAGGCACACAUCUGGCGAAGGACCAGGUAGUAAAACUGGAGACAAGGAAGAGAAACACAGAAAAUGAGAGAGAGAGAGAGGAAAAAAAAAAUAAAAAGAAAGAAAGGAAGGAAAAGAAAAAAGUUAAAUAAAUAAAAGGAGAAAAGAAAGAGAGAGAGAUAAUCUUUUAAAACAAAACCGUCUUAAUUUUAGCUUUAAAAAUAUUGGAUUGGGCUUUGGAAGAAUUCUAUUAGGUAGGACAAAAUAAUAAUAAUAAAAUAAUAAUAAUAAUAAAAGAAAGACAAUAAUUUAAGAUCAGAGGAGCACAAUGGCGCAAGACCAGUGGUUCAGAGUCUCUUGCCAGGAACAUGUGAAGACAACCACCAGGAUUUUUUUCCCACUUCUGUUCUUUCACAUUUUUUAAAUAAUGAUUUGGGGGGGAGGGGAAUAUAAUAAUAAUUAAUAAUAAUAAUAAAAGAAAGAAAUGAAUAACUUAUUGGAAGAAAUCGGAGAAACAUUUUUGGUGUCAGUGCUUUGAUUUCUUGAGCUGCACGGUCUGUCUUGCUAUUAUUUUUGGUUUAUUCUUUUUCUUUUCUUUUUUUUUUUUUUUUUUUUUAACGACGUCCUGUCUCCACCCUAGCUCAAACGAUCUUCCAGAGCGUUCCUUUCUGAGCAGCCCCAUCACUUCAUUCCCCCCAACUCUUCCCAUCUCAUCUCACCUCACCGCCCUGGCUCUGUCUAGACUAGGAAAGGAGGGGAGGCGAGCGCGCAGACCUCUCACAAAGUCACCAACACCAGCCAGUUCGAGCUGCGUUCAUGGCAGCGUCUUAACAUUAGAUGCCAUGAGAUGGGAAGUUUCGAGUCGUCGUAGCUCAGUCGAAUUAGCUAACUCUGUUUUUUAAGAACUUUUUUUGUUUUUCCUGGUCUAGACAGACUCUCUGUUUAGAUUACCAGCGUUUACAGGUGUGUAUGGGCGCGUGUGUGCCUAUGUGUGUGCAUAUGUGUAUGCACACACAUAACCUGAUCGGGGUGCGUGUGUAUCCUAUGUAUGUUUGUAUAUAUAUAUGGGUAUAUCCAUAUAUAUAUAUAAUAUGUGUGUAUAGCCACACAUAUUCAUGCAUGCAAACAUACCUUUGUAAUUAGUACUUGCCUUUGAUGGUAAAAUGCCUUGUCUAUAAUGGGUUGCAAAAUUUGAAAGUAAGGUCUGGUAAAAUGUCAGCUGAUUUCUUAAUUUUCUGAGACCUCCUCUUUUUCUCUAGGGAGUUUUAUAUUCCUAACUAUGCCAAUGUUUCAGUCCUUAAUUUCCUUGAGUAGUGUGUGUGAGAGAUACCUUCCCCCAUUUUUAAAGAACUGUUAACAGCAACAAAAAAUGAGUGAUAUGAGUAUGUAAUUCUUUCUCAGGAGUAUGCACUAUUUUAUUUUCUUCUGUUUCCUAAAGCUUUGCCCGCUUGGCUUAUGAGCUUCUUCAAAGAGGACUAGAGAUCCCUACACAAUAUAUCAGGUACAGAGAAAAAAAAUCCACAAUUCUGAUAUUCUGAUACUUUUCUUUUUUUUUUUUUUGCUUUUUCAAAUCAAAGCCAGUUGUUUCCGAAUUCUGUAGGUGCACUUCUUUAAAGAAGCUCAAAGGGAAUAAUUUGAACGAGAUAAAAAAAUAUAAGUUGAAAUCGAGGUGUAAUAUCGCAAAGAAAAUAAGAGCUGUGUUGAAUGUUACCGCACUUGCUUGGCACUAGGGUUUUGUACCCAGGGAGGAAAGGGUUGCCAUGUGAGCUGGCUCCUCGUGAUGGGAGUGGGGAGGGCUUGCCAGGGAAUAUCCUGAUCUCUGAGCUCAGUCUAAGGAAAUCUGUUUCUCUGAGAAAGCUUUUAAAAAAAUGUCUUGUGACUCUUGCUUUAGAACAAGUCAGUGUGGUAGGGGGAAAAAACUUCUUAACGCCAAUGUUUUUCUCGGUGGUUUUGGUGUGUGACAGGAUGUCUUAUGCAUAUGAUUUGGGGGGGUGGAGGGCAAGUCUGUUUUUUUUCUUUUUUUUUUUUUUUAACAUACAUUUCUUUGUCUUCUGUGGUAAAAAUAAUGCUGAAGUGUAAGGAUAUGAAUUUCUGUUUGGAUUCUGCCGUAUUGGGUAAUUGCAUGUGUUUCUCAGUGGGGUAGGGUUCGUGCACUAACACAUCUUUUUGCUUAUGUCAGAACAGUUACUGGGUGUGGGUAAAUCUCCUGGAGUCGCUGGCAAAACUCCAGUGGGGUCAGGCCUCCCCCCAGGAUCCCUGUUAAAGCUGCAGGACUCAAUCCCACCAACCCAAGCAGGCACACCUGAACUCAAAACAAGGGAGAGAGAGAGAAACAAAAGAGAAGCCUUAGCCUUGUUUUAGUUUCUAGAUACUUUGCAAAGUUGGAUGGUGGGGGAGAAAGAAUUCAGCAAUACUCUCAACAUCCCCCAACAACAUUUUCCUAAAACAAAA